AUGUCACAGUAGGAAAUAAACUAACUACAGAACUAAUUAGGAGAGUACUAUAAGUAUGCUAACAAACUGCAUUACGAAAUAGAUGCCUAAAUCAAUGAGAUAUACAAUGGCAAGGAGUAGUCUAAAGAUGUUAAUAUAGUCAUUGAUUGCAUCAGAAGUAGAAUAGGCGACCUAGAGACUAUGAUGAGACAAAUAGAAGAAAAUUUGGCUUCAUAUCAUAAUCUGAUUAGGGGAAAUGAGUCUAUGAACAAUAGCUAUUUAGUCUGGAGGACUAAGAUUGAUAGAUUAAAGAAUAGUGUGAUGUCUCAUUCAAUUAAUAUUGACAAGGCCUUUAGAAAUUACAAGAAGACUCAAGCAACCGCAAAAAGAUCAUCUCAAAAUAAUGUGGAAAGAAGAAGGAUCAUGGAAUAUUAGAAUGAGCAUGAAAGCCUUGAUAGAUCUUAAGGAAUAGCUUAUGAAAUAGAAAGACAGGGAAUGGGCAUAAUCGAAAAUCUACAGAAAUAGCAAGAAAUCCUAAAGAAGGUCAAACUAAGAGCAUUAUAAAUGCUAAACACAAUAGGAAUGAGCGAGUCUAUCUUAAAAUUAAUUGAAAAGAGAAGUAGGACUGAUAUGCUCAUAUUUUUUGGACUUGCUAUUUUUACUAUCAUUCUGAUAGUAAUCCUAUUCUACUAUGUGAAGCCAAUGCUAUUUGGAUCUGCAGUAUAGACUGUAGCUUAGCUUUAGGACACAGAUUAUCCUAUAAUGUGA